AUUAUUUUUCAAAGAAUAUAUUGUUUAUAAUAUGGUAUUACGUAGAUUGUUUCAUUCGCUACUCGUAUUCAAUGUAAUUGAAAGUUCUUGGUCUCUUAGGAAGAUCCGUGAUGGUAUACCGGUAGACAAACAAGAAAAGAAAUAUAUGGUAUAUUUUAUGAAGUCUGAUAAGUCUUCAGUUCAAUAUACGGAUUGGGUGUGCGCGGGUGCGCUCGUCUCCAAACUCUAUAUAGUAACCGCCGCCGCAUGCUUAGAAGACGUGCAAUAUCUAUACGCUGUCGCCGGAUAUACUGUUUUGGUUGAAUACGAAAAUAUUAAUACAGACCUAUGCACAAAGAAUUAUAAGAGGAAAGUCGUAUAUACAUGUGUACCUAAAGCUUAUGAGUUUAAUUACGCUAAUGUCGAGAAAUGGUCAGCUAUCGAUAUAGGCGUAGCGAAAGUUGAUUCUGAAUUUAAUUUUGACAAGGGUGCUUGUUCAUUCAGACCGCAGUCUAUAGGCAUUAAUUAUGAUCCUAAAUAUCAAGCAGCGGGUGUCGAUGCAAUUGUAUUGGGCUGGGGACAUAAAUCAAUAUGGAAACGACCGGGAGACGAUACACGUAUGGUACAAAAGAAUCUUGAUUACGCACCAGUAUCGAUUAUAAACAAGAAAAAAUGCAAAGAGGGUUACAAAGAUAUUCCAGAUUUACAAGAAGUGAUAGAUAAAUAUAUGAUUUGUACUCACGGAAAGGGAAAUCUCGACAGCGGAGGUAACAUUAUAGCUACAAUCAAACCGGAUGCUGAAGGGUGCACCAAUUCUGAGAACGAGAAUUGCCGAAGAAAUAUGGAGAAAAUGAAUGAAUCGCUAUCUAUUAAUACCACGAAUAUUGAUUGGAUUCGGAGGCAAGGAAUAUGUCAGAACGAUCACGGAGGACCGCUUGUCACAUGGAUUGGUGGCAAAGAGUACCUUAUCGGUGUUGCGUCCGUAUUCCGGGUGAAUAAUGAAUCUAAAUGCGAAGGACCAUAUUUAUUCACGAGUACACAAUGCAAUGGAGCAUUUUUACACUGUGUUCUUAACGCUAACGAUACAAGACGUGCUAACUCCAUUUGCGACCAGCCACCAAGGAAACGUGGUUUUGAAAUGAUACAUAAAUAUAUAUCAUGGGCCCAUCAACCACACGGGCCGGUUCUGAAUGAAAAAAUAAAAUACAGUUUUUUUACGUCGUAG